AUGACCCUCGAAGCUCCCAUGACAGGAUUCGCACCAUCUCUCCCGCUCCUACAUCGCCCUCCCAAUCUGGGAUGGCGCCAUCAAACCAAUCUCGCGGCGCGCCCAACUUGCGAGCAACAAGCUCCUUCGGCUCAAGAGAACAGCGCCAUGGUAGCUGCCGCUGCCAGUUUCGUGCUGACUAAAGCCGCCUCUGCCUACACCAAGGGUGGGCGACGUCCCGGCGGAAGCACGGUGACCACGGCGCUGCGGGAACUCGAGCGCGAGCAAAGGCGCAAUAAAACCAAGUCUGACAUCGACCUGCUGUAUGGCCAAUGGCGCCUUGUCUUCACAGCAGACGAAAAGACGAAAAACCCGUUGUUGAAGGCGGUUUACUUUCCCGUGCGUGCGCAGCAAACUUUCAUUCCAGGGGACAAAGAUGUGGGCGUUUUUGAUAACGGCAUCUUCUUUUUUGGGUCGACUGCGUUCUUCAGGUUCCGAGGGCCGGCGAGAUGGCAGCCGAAGAUGAACAGACUUGAGUUCACUGUGGAUGAGCUUGAAGUCAAAAUUGGGUCGUUCAGAUGGAAGAAGGCGGGGCUCGAUAAGGAGGGACCGACGCUCGAGGGACGGACAGCGAAAACUCUUCCCUUCUUUACUUUUUUUUCUAUCCGGAAGGAUAUUCUUGCAGCCCGUGGCCGGUCGGGAGGCCUUGCGCUUUAUGCGCGGGUACCCGACGAUGAACGCCUGUGAUUGUCCCGGACUUGAAUGCUUCUUUAUAGUAUUAAAUCCCUUCGAAAUCUACACAGGAAUCGGAUCCUGCUUGCAUUCUUGAAACGGGGAAUUUUACCGGAUCCUGAUGGGUGUGAGCGAGUGAGUACUUCCGAAGAUGGAUCAAGUUGGAGGCAGUUUGUAUGUAUGAACUAACCGUUGUUGACAGCAAGUCUCCCCUCGGAAAUUACUGUAUCUUUCCGUUUUAGAAUAAAUGACAUGUUCCUGCAAUCACAAAAA